CUCCUGCGAAGCUAAAACAUCAGUUACAAACGCAAAUCACUUGACGCAAAAGCUUACUCAUUUAACUCUGCCUUUAGUUGUUAUAUUUUCUUGCUUAAGUUCGGAUUGUGAACUUGAUCACUAUGGCUGGGGUAAAUAAGAGCCACGAGUAUGAGACCAGGACCAAAGCUGGUGAAGAGAGUGGUGCUGCUGAGACCAAGGAUCGUGGGUUGUUUGGUUUCAUGGGGAAGAAAAAAGAAGAGGUGCCUGCCACUGAGUAUGAAGAGAAAAUUCAUCGAUCAGACAACAGUUAUCCUGGUGAUAGGGAGAAGAAACAUGAAGAUACUACUGUUACUUCUAACACAGAGACACCCCUUGAACCAGAGAAGAAGAAGAGUUACUUUGAGCAAGCCAAGGACAUGAUACCAGCAUAUAAGAAAACUGAAGAUGUCCCUCCUUCUCCAGCUGAAGCCGCAGUUCAUCCGGCAGAGACACCCCUUGAACCAGAGGUGAAGAAGAGUUACUUGGAGCAAGCCAAGGGCAUGAUACCAGCGUACAAGAAAACUGAAGAUGCCCCUCCUUCACCGGCUGAAGCCGCAGUUCAUCCGGCAGAGACACCCUUUGAACCAGAGGUGAAGAAGAGUUACUUUGAGCAAGCCAAGGAGAGAAUACCAACAUUUAAGAAAACUGAAGAUGCCCCUCCUUCUCCGGCUGAAGCCGCAGUUCAGCACACAGACACACCCCUUGAACCAGAGGAGAAGAAGGGUUUCUUUGACCAAGCCAAGGAGAGAACACCAGGAUUUAAGAAAACUGAAGAGGUCUCUCCCCGUCCAGCUAAAGCCACAGUUCAUCACACAGAGACACCCCUUGAACCAGAGGAGAAGAAGGGUUACUUUGACCAAGCCAAGGAGAGAACACCAGGAUUUAAGAAAACUGAAGAGGUCACUCCCCGUCCAGCUAAAGCCACAGUUCAUCACACAGAGACACCCCUUGAACCAGAGGAGAAGAAGGGUUUCUUUGACCAAGCCACGGAGAGAACACCAGGAUUUAAGAAAACUGAAGAGGUCACUCCCCGUCCAGCUAAAGCCACAGUUCAUCACACAGAGACACCCCUUGAACCAGAGGAGAAGAAGGGUUUCUUUGACCAAGCCAAGGAGAGAAUACCAGGAUUUAAGAAAACUGAAGAGGUCUCUCCCCGUCCAGCUAAAUCUGCUUACAAUGAAGGUGCAUUUUCUCAGACAGAGACACCCUUUGAACCAGAGGAGAAGAAGGGUUUCCUUGACAAAGUCAAGGAGAAAGUGCCAGCACAUAAAACUGAAGAGGUCUCUCCUCCUCUAGCUGAAUCUGCUUAUACUAAAACUGCAUUUUCUCACACAGAGACACCCUUUGAACCAGAGGAAAAGAAAGGUUUGCUUGACAAAGUCAAGGAGAAAGCGCCAGCACAGAAGAAAACUGAAGAGGUCCCUCACCCUCCAGCUGCCGCAUUUUCUCACACAAACACGCCAUUUGAACCGGAAGAGAAGAGGGGUUUUCUCAAGGAGAAAGUGCCAACACAUAAGAAAACCGAAGAAUUCCCUUUUCCAGCUAAACCUGCUUAUACUGAAGCUGCAGUUUCAAACACAAAUACACCCUUUGAACCAGAAGAGAAGAGGGGUUUACUUAACAAAAUCAAGGAGAAAAUGCCGGGACAUAAAAAAACUGAAGAGGUCCCUCCAUCUGAAUUUGAUUCUACUGAAAAUGUAGUUUCCCAUAAAGGAGAACCUAAGGAGAAAAAGGGGCUAAUGGAGAAGAUCAAGGAGAAGCUUCCUGGGCACCACCCCUAAAUAUGAGGAAGUCAAGGAGAAAGAAAAGCAUAUUGCUUCCUAUAGAAUGAUCAUGGUGUUGCUUAAAUGUGUGGUUUGUUUGGUUAUAUUCAUUGUGGUUUAAUAUUUUUUUUCAUGACAAGAAAAAAAAAAAACAUUGUCUGUA